CCGCCGGGUUCCACCCCCUUGUGCGACACAUAGCCAAUCGUACACGACUAUACUCAGCUCAUGCUGGAUUUGACCAAUCAGAGCGCAGCACAGGAGUUGGUUACCACUUCAACUUCCUAGCGGGAAGCGGAAGAACCCGGAACUGCGUGGAGGAACGCCGAAUGAAUGAUAUACGCACUAAAAGAGGAUGAGACUCUCCCGAGCUGAAUACAAGGAGAUUGUCAGAUGGACAGAACAGCUGAAACCAACACGCCAAUGUAUGAGGAUGCUAAGAGAAAGAUUUUCCAAUCACUCGCAGUCCACUCUUCUGAGCAUCUUCUCCCUGGAGUACCAGAAACGAAUCAAAAGGACUAUCUCAAGGCACCAUGCACCUGAUGUCAUCGAAAGCCACUACCAAAGGUACCUGAGCAAGGCCAAAGCACAUCCCACCGCUCCCGUCUUGCUGGAUUUGGCCAAUGAGGUGGAUUUUUCUCCUGCACUGAUGGCUCGCAUCAUCCUGGACAGGUUCCUUCAAGACCUGGAGGGUGAAAUGCCCUCAAAAACAGUCCUCAACAACAUGCUGAAGGAGCCAUCGCUAAUCCCGGAUCAAACUUUGGCCAAGAAUGUCUACCAAUGCACAGUUAAUGACUGCUGUUAUGGACCACUGGUAGACUGCAUCAAACAUGCUAUUGGCCAAGAGCACGAAGUCCUGCUGUGUGACAAACUGAAGGAGAAGAAUCUGUCCUUUCUAGAUGAAAACCAACUGAGAGCUAGAGGCUACGACAAAACACCAGAUAUCAUCCUGGAGGUACCAAUUGCUGUGGAGGGACACAUCAUCCACUGGAUUGAGAGCAAGGCCUCGUUCGGAGACACCCACAGUCACCGCACCUAUCUCAACGAACAGUUCUGGAGCUACUGGAACAGGGUCGCGGGCAAGCUGGAGCCUAUCCCAGUCGAUUUUGGCAAGAGGCGAGGCACACCCGAGACUGGUCGCCAGCUAAUUGCGAGAUUCGGACCUGGGCUUGUCAUCUACUGGUACGGGUUUAUAGGAGAGCUGGACUGCCAAAGAGACAGAGGCAUCCUUCUCAAAGACUGCUUCCCUACAGACAUUGUCACCCUUGGCCACGCCGCCCAGCAGGAUUGAAAUCGAACGGAGAAGGUGGGUGUAGACAUCGGCAGGAAUGAGAGUGCAGGAUGACGAGGCAGGAAGGGAAGGGGGCAGUAACACCGGACUGCCGGAAUCCGGAAGUAAUUUAGCUUUCCUGCAUCGAGACGACUUGCCGCCCUGAACUCCGACUGACCCGAGUCUUUGCUACCUUUCUCGCUCCUUUGCUCAACUCUACAAAACGCCAUCUUUGAGGGUUUCUUGGUUCUCCCGGCCCCCGGUUGGCCCCUCUUGGCAAGGGUAAACUGAAGGACCAGAGCUGGACACAAGGCCCUUCCUUAUCACACCCAGAGUCCUGGCCUUUGUCACUCCUUCCUCUUCCGUUCCGUAAGCAGAUAAGCGAGGUGCGGUCCGUGGGGGUGGCUGGGAGGACGCCUGGCUUUUUCUCACCUGCGUCACUCAGUGCCCUCUCAGUCACUCUCCAAAGGGCUAAACAACAAAUGGUGGCUGAUUAAGACUAUGGCCUCACUGUGAACUCUCUCCUCCCUCGCCAUCCACUCUGUCGAAGAAAAUAUGUUAAUUCUCUAAUUAAGAUUAAUUGGCGGGACUUUAUUUGGCUGUGAUCUUCCACAUCUGCAUUGUAAUGUUUCAUAAUUUAGAAUGUAUAUUAAAAUGUCAUUAUUUACUGAUCCCAAGCCUUUCUUUUAAUUGUGUUCCAAAAGUCAAAGUUAUUGAAACCAUUUGGUGAUGUUCAUAUAUUAACCGAUGAAUGAAUGUCAUUUUAUACUUUCCAAACUCCAAAAUAUCAUCAAUUUUCCUGAAAAAACAAAAACCGUGUCAUCCCUAGAAAAUACUACUAUAGACUAUUAGCAGAGAUGUCUGGUUCUUCCUUUUAAAGAAUGGUAAACUAUUCUUUGUUAGCAAUAAAAUCUGUGAUUAAUGCAAGUUUUAUGUGUUCCGUGAAUUUAUGUGUAUGCAGCUUUACAACUGACUGUUGGGCAACACAUAUUGUUACAACCUCCAAAUUCUUUUAAGAGCAGACCUUAACAUUACUGGGCUCUGGUUAGAUCAAAAAAUAAAAUCUGACUAUAAAGUUGACUGAUUCUUUCAGAGGAAGAUAUGCGCUGCCUAUGGGUCACAGGACAUGGAAGCACAUGUAAAGGGUAAGAACAGUUAGUAUUUCACAUGUAUGUACUGUAACUAUCAAUCUAAAUAAUUCACAGCUUGCUAGCUAUCUGUCAAGCUAAUGUGUCUAUUGUGAUCUUUGUGUUACAACUUUGAACAUUUCAUCAUCUCUUCAGCAUUUGUUUGCGACGUCUGUCUUUCUAUUUAUUAAUGUCUAGCCAGGUGUCUAGCUAGUUAUCUAAUGGGAUAUAUACACUAUGUAUUGAGUUUUUGUGUCACUGCCUCAUGUUUUACGAGUUGUAACAUGUUUGUUAUGACAUUUGGCCAGCUAGCUAUAUUACUAGCAAACAGUUAUGUCGAUAGCUAGCAAGCUCAUAAGACAUGUAUGUUAUUAUGCACUAGCUAGCUAGCUACCAAAUAUGAUAUGGUAUAUAUAUGAAUGUGAAUUUUUGUUAAUAUAGUAUUCGGUAUGUAUAUUUGCAUCUGUUUAUGUAUCUAGCUCACUAGCUAUCUCGCUGAAAAUGUAUGCUAGGUAUUUAACUUCUCACCUCAAUGAUGGCAGCUUGGUUGAAAAACUUUGGCAA